CCGGCCGUGGCAAGACUCGUGGCGACCGACUCGGGCUUAGAAGUGAACAGCUUCACCGGGAUUAAGAGAAGAAGUUGCAUUUUCCCUGAAAAGAUCAGUGAUCUCUGUCAAUUCCGUCCGGAUUCCAAUUGGGGUGCGUGAAGUCAGUGCUAAAAACCCUACCGCAAGUUCCAGUGUUGUGAGUGAACCACUUGUUGUUGCCUGGUUACUCCAGGUCUUCAAGAGGAAGGAGUACACCCACGGUGGCUUAUGUUGCCGCACGGUGCCACUAGGAAUGUCAUGUGCACAACGUUAACCUUCCAAAAUGUCUUCAGAAAACCAAGACUAUGAGGGAGACCUGAUAGACCUCCACGUGAGAUCUCCUGUUCUUCCAAGAGCAUUACCCAAUUUCCAAACGUUCGUAGACACCUCCGACAACCUCAUAGACACAGAACUGCCAAUAUUGGAGCAGAAACUCCAAACCGCUAACCAGAUCGCAACUCCAGUCGUAGAUUCCAGGAGAACCAGCGUAGACGUCGAGGAUAUUUUAAUCACGAUCGAUGAUGACGAAGUGGAUGCACCACAGAGACUUAGCGAUAACUUCCUAGAUCUUUGUGAUGUAGGUUUGAUAGAGAACUUGGAAGCUUUGGAUGUGUUAAGGAACCUCGACGAUAUCCUCAACGCUUCCUUGUUGGAAUCCGAUGCUGAGCUGAACGAAAAUGGUGGGGUGGUACAAGAAGAUAUCGAAAAUUGCCUGAAAGACCUAGACAACUACCUGAGAACUUUGGACAGCAGCAGCAGCGAGGAGUGUAGCUACAGUUCCAAUGACUCAAGCAGCUCUGUUUGUAUCGAAGACCAACCGAGUGCGACGAGUUCGUCGGACCAACCCGGAAAUCAGGGAGAGGCAGAUGUCCUUGGCAGCGCAGACGAGGAAAGACUGCGGAACAAGCUGCGGCAGAUGGAGGAAAAUUACACCAAAUUUCUGGCUUCCGGGUGCGUGAACAGGGGAUAUGUCGAUACCGAAACAAUCGAGGGCGAGCGUAGGCCAUUGUCUGCGUGUGGCAUGGCCACCGAUGCGUUGAGCAGGAAUCAACCGGCAAGGGCUACUGUUGCAGUUGUCAGGAGGGAGCGGCCUUCUCUCCAGGCGGUGAUAGCAUCCAGCACCUCGGAGUCCCCUACCAGCCGUCCCCCAGAAGACCGGACGUCCGCCCCAGCUGGCGACUCGGACGAAGACAUCGACUGGAGCUGGGUGCAGGAUGUGGCGCGCGACGUAACACUGGAAAGGCGCGCACACGCCGCCGGUGAUUGCUGCACCGGAACCGUCGUGGUCGAACCACCCAGACCAGCCAGACCCACCAGUUCUUCCGAACCCGCCAUGCACGAGGAACCCAAGGAAGACGCCCGCGGCACGUGGCUGAGGAGCUCCAUGCGCCGCCUCCAGCACCUCAGACUGCCCAGCGAUGAGGCCGGCGAGCCCCAGGUGGAACCCCUACGUCCCGAACAGGUCCAGAUGCAGACCGCCACGGCGAUGAGGCCCGUCAGCGCCCCCUCAAGACUGCCUGCUAGUGCGGUGAGAGUGUCGACGCGGUCGUCGCGUUCUAGGUCUCGCGAGAGUGCAGUGUCUCACGAACCCAGUGGUCGCGCAAGAAGCAGCUCGGCGUCCUCGAGGUCUAGGAGACCAAGGAGUCUGUCUUCGAGUGAGUCCAGCUUGGCGUCGAGUGUAGACUCAACUCCCAGCUGCAGUCCGGCUGCGUCGCCGACGCAGAACGCUCAGGAGCAGCAGAAUGCCACAGCUAGCUCGAGGAGAUCAUGUGAGAGGAACAGACAGACGGACAUGCCGGAGGCGGACAGCCCUUUGGGUCACUGGCCGCACAGCCUCAGCUCCAUGAUGGCAUGUCUCGGCUGCACUCUGGGGCUAUUCAACCUUUCCCGAUUUGCCAUUUUGACGAUCCACUUCGGAGCCAAUUUCAUCUUCCAGUUCAUUUUCUUGUCUCUGAUCUUCGGCCUGCCGCUGUUCACGCUUCAGCUCUGCCUGGGGCAGCAGUUGGGGGCGGGGGUGAUAGAUAUGUGGAGGAUAUCACCGCUGUUCCAGGGGGUGGGGGUGUCCCUGCUCAUAGCUCAGGCCCUGAUGGGGUUGUACAGCAUCAUAGGGGUGUCGUGGAUGUUCGUGUUUUUUCGUGACUCCUUCAUCACCAAAGUGGACAAGUAUAGGUGGGCGGAACCGUUUAUAUACUACAGGAGUGAUAUUCAGCCUCCUGUAAAUGGCACGUACAAACUGUCAGAGACAAUUCCAGACUACUUCAACGGCAUUGUACUCCAAAGACAUCAUCUUCCUUCCGGGAACGCCUACGGGACUAUAAAAUUUCAAUUGGCUUUCAACCUGGCUGUCGUGUGGAUGAUUGUAUUCGUAUCGCUCAGCAAGGGGUUGAGAUCUUACGGAAAAGUCAUAUACGCCUUCACGUUAUUGCCGGUGUUUGGUACAUUUAUUCUCUGCGCGAAAAUAUUGGGACUAAUGCCACCUGAAUAUGUCAAUGUUAUUUUUCCAGAGACCUCUUGGGGAGAAUUCUUCCUGAAUCCCAAGAGUUGGCUGGCAGCUGCCCAAGAGACGUUUCUAACUUGGGGUCUACUAGGCGCGGCUAUAAUGCAGAUAGCAUCACACAACAAACACAAACAUUUGCUUCAAAGAGAUUCUAGUCUUGUAGCUGUAAUAACUAUUACGAUAUUACUGUUAGUUGCCUUCUUAGCGAAUACGUGUGUUCAGAUACUCAAGUCCUACGGUAAUAGCUAUUUACCAGACUCUUUCGAAAGGAUGUCCUCAUACAUCUUCUUACGACCCGCUAAAGACCCUCUACCUCCUAGUUUAGCCAGUACUCCCGUUAGAUACAUGGUUCACAACUCGUUCAUGCUUGGAGAGAAGAUCGUGCGACCAGGUGUGGACUACACUUCUGAAAGUGGAUAUCAGGUUCUACGUUUGGCGACUGAAUUGGUUCCAGCCACAUUUGCGAUCAUGGGAUCAGAUCAGGUGUCCCCAUUUUGGGCAGUUCUGUUCUAUUUCAUCCUUAUCAUGUUCGGCAUAGCCCAGCAACUAGCCAUCUGGCACUGUGUCAUCACUGGAAUUAUGGCGAUCAAGGCUAAGGUAUUAAAGUCUUGGGAAACAACCAUCACUUUCUUCACUUGCGCUUGCGGGUUCAUCUUGGGGCUCCCAAUGGCGACAGAGCUCGGGAUAUACGUGGUAUACUUCUUCGAUUACACAAUAGGAGGCUUUUGGUGGUUAAUCAUUGUUAUCCUCUUGCAAAUAAUAGCAGUUUUCAUGGUUCGUGGGAGGCCUUAUAGUGGAGAUACAGUAGUAACGGCACUCUUCCAACCAAGCCAUCAUCCGUGUCUCUUAAGUUGGGCGCCAGCUUUGCUGUCCUUCACUUGGAACGUAAUCCUGCCGGUUGCCUUAAUGGUAUUAUGUAUUUCUACAUUUAAGAAUGGCAGCUUUAGGGACAUGUUCAUUUGGCACCACGCCCCGGUGGCAGAAUAUUGGCCUUUGUGGUCAAGACAGAUAGGUUCUAUGAUUCAGCUUCUUCCAAUUCUCUGCAUACCACUCGUGGCUGUCAUCCAAAGUUACAGAUACUUGAACAACGGACCCAACGAUAUAUUAGAUAGGGUUCAGUUACUGUACCGCCCGCCAAUCGGAGAACACAUGGAUGACCUAGCAGUCCAAGAGGCAGCUGCAGCAGCUAACAAUGGCACAACUAACGCAAACGUUGUAAGCGAAGAUCCUCCUCCAAAAUACACCCCUCCACCUUCAUACACUACAGCUACUGGAGCUAGAAUAGCCAAAUUCCUACGGCAGAGCAUUAGACGGAGCGUGAGGAGAAUCGCUAACGUCUUGGGUGAGGGGAGCAAUUCAAGACAAAGGACGAUGCUGUCUAAUACCCAGACACAGCCUCCGCCUCCCGACUAUAAUGCUGUAUUAGUCGAGAUGAACAACACCACGUCAAACUCCAAUGACAUCGCCAUAACGGUUCCUGACGGAGCUACAUCUAACACAAGGAUUUCUACAUUGGAACGUUUGAGGAACUUGGACGCGACUGGCAAUUUGACUGCAGCCGAGGUUGCUUCCAUUUUGAGAAGCAGCUUUAGGAGGAGUACCAUUAGACCAUCGAAUAACGUGAGAAAUGCCACUUUCAACGACAACAUGGCCUCUCUGAGCGCCCAGAACUUAGUGGACUCGGCGGCACCAAUAGGGGAAACGUCUCUCGUGCUCGACCACUUGCCAAGCAUCGAAAACGAGAUCAAGUCCACUGAUAAUACCUUAUCUGUGAUAUAAGUUAUAGUUGAAAUGCCUUUAAACAGAUUGUAUGUAUUUUAAGCAACCAAAUAUAUUCUUUACUGUGUAAAGAUUGAGUUACAGUGUAACGUGAGUUGUAUUUGAAAUACAUGUACAUUUCGUAGAUUGUAGACGUGUAAAAUAAGGAAAGACCAAAAAAGACUUUGAUUUAAUGUUGAUAAAUACUAAUCUUCUAGUUACGUAUUGUUUAUUUAUUGCUGCCUAAUUUAGACUUUUUUUUAUUAUUUUUUUUUUGUAUAAGUUUCAUUCAUUAUCGUAUAAUGUAAAGAACUGAUUUAGCUAUGUAAUGAAGAACUUGUAAAUAAUAUCUCUCAUUAAAAAUA